AAGCGGGAAUUUUAUUUUUCAAAAAAAAAAAAUAUUCUUUCAUCGCCCAUUCCGUCACGUCCUUUAUGUACAAAGCAUUAACGAACAGUAUAUAAAUUCGCAGUUUUUGUUUUGUUAUUUUUGUGUGUUGUAAAUAAUAUUUGGAUUUGGAAAAUUUUUUCAUUCACGAUUUGUUUGAUAGGCCAUAUAUUUUAGUUGAUGAUAUAUGGCCAACAAAACAAAAUGGGUUACGAUAUAGCUCGAUUUAAGAAUGGUCAUGUUGAUGAAGAACUUAUCUGUCCGAUUUGUACUUCAGUUUUGGAAGAACCUUUACAAGCACCAAAUUGUGAACAUGCAUAUUGUUCGAAUUGUAUUAAAGAAUGGCUUGAUCGUGAUUCAAUUUGUCCUGUUGAUCGGCAACCAUUGACAAUGAAUGAAUUGAAACCUGUGCCUAGAAUCUUAAGAAAUUUGCUUGCACGCCUUGAUAUUCUCUGUGAUAAUGCUGAAUUUGGUUGCCAAGAAAUUGUCAAAUUAGAAUCAUUACAAUCACAUCAUAAGGAUUGUAAAUUUAAUCCAAAACGUCCAAUUGAAUGUAGUAAAGGAUGUGGAUUUGUUAUACCUAAAGAUGAAAUACAGAAUCAUAAUUGUUUCAAAGAUCUCCGUGUAUUCGUUGAACAAGAAUCGAAAAAAAUGGAACAACAAUAUCAAGAAUUGAAAGGCUAUCUGAAUUCAAUACGUGAUUGUCUACGGCAGAUAUUACCAUUGACAACGACCGGAACUAUAGGCUGUACAUUACCGCCGAAUUUAUCAUCCACAUUUAAACCGAUACCAAUAUGGUGUCAUUUUUUUCCUCGUGCAAGAGUUUUACGUUGGGGUGGUCUAAUCAGUACACCUGAUUUAUCGAUACAAUUUGCUGUGAAAAAAUCAUUACUUGAUACUGGAUGUCCAAAUUCAACUGUUAAUGAAUUGAUGGAAAAUUCACAUGAAAGAAAAUGGCCACCCGGUCUAAGUACAUUGGAAAUUCGUCAGGUAAAUCGUUCAUUGUUUGAUAAUUAUAUUUGUCGUAAAAUACCUGGACAACAAGCUGUUUUGGUUACUAGUUAUGAAAAUCAACAUAUGAAUGAUGAUAUGAUACUUGAACCUGGAUUAAUAAUGAUAUUUGCUCAUGGAAUCGAAUAUCUUGAUUCAUCUAAUAAUCGAUAGAUUAUCUAUCUACUAAAUAUAUCAAUCAAUCAAUCAAUAAAUCAAAAUUAUCGACUAUCUAUACCCAAAACACACACACCCACAUAUAUACAACACUAUACAUAAAUUUAGGCACAUACAUGAUCUAUCUUAUAAUUCUCAACAAAAACCAAAAAAAAAAAAAAACAAAUCAAAC